UGUAGCUGAGCGUUAAAGUGGGAUUAUGAACAGGCACAUGGUCUAGCCAUGACGAUGGCUUUUCUAUUUGGCGCGCUCGGAGCGUUAGCCCUCGUCAGUCGCACGGGUUGCACAGACAACAGAAACGGCGUCCACGACGGCGGCCAAGAAAUAGAAUACACAGACGUAGACCUAGGUGUCGCACAGAGGGGACCGCACUUCGACGUGGCGUACUCCAGAAAUGUCACAGCGCUGGUUGGAAAGACCGCGCAGCUAAACUGCAGGGUUCACGACCUUGGUAAUAGAACGGUGUCAUGGAUAAGGCAUCGUGACAUACAUCUUCUCACUUCGGGGAGGAUGACGUACACGUCGGACCAGAGGUUCAUCAGUGUCCACAAUCCACACACUGAGGAUUGGAUAUUGAAGAUAAGGUUUCCGCAGCGGCGCGACUCUGGCAUCUACGAGUGCCAAGUUGGAACUACACCGCCAAUCGGCCACCGGAUGCACCUCUCGGUUGUCGAGCCCCUGACUACCAUCCUGGGAGGUCCGGAGCUGUUCAUCAACAUGGGAAGCACCAUCAACCUCACGUGCGUCGUGCAACACUCUCCGGAGCCACCGCCCGCGAUAAACUGGACGCACAAUGAUGAGGAAAUCAACUACGACUCACCCCGUGGGGGUGUCUCAGUCAUCACAGAGAAGGGUGAGAUGACGACAUCUCACUUGCUGGUGCAAAAGGCUCGAGCGCCUGAUUCCGGCCGGUACACCUGCGCUCCAGCCAACGCUAACCCUAGAUCUGUCCUUGUCCAUGUAUUAAGUGGAGAGCAUCCAGCGGCGAUGCAACACGGGGGCCAGUUGCGUCUCCAGUACCCCUUGUCCGCUGCCCUGCUGAGCGUCAUUGUCACUCUUAUGGGCUGCUAGUAUAAUUAAGUUUAACUUAGACUAAGAAACGGUUUUAUGCAACAGUACGAAUAUUUGGAGGGAUACCCUUGUAAAGAUGAUUGUGCGAUGUUAUCGAUGACCGAUUGGCCCUGUGGGCAGUGACCCUACUUUGUCCAAGG